AUGUCUCUCGAAGAAAUCCCAGCCGGUGCCGAAGUUUCCGUUUUCUCUAAGAACGAAAAGAAGGCUAGAAAGUUAUUCACCAAAUUGAACCUCAAGAAGGUUGAAGGUAUCUCCAGAGUUACCUUCAAGAGAAAGGGCAACCAAGUUUUCGGCAUCGACAGACCAGAAGUUUUCAAGUCUGCCUCUGGUACUUACAUUGUCUUCGGUGAAGCUAAGUUGGAAAACUUGGCUGAAAGAUAUAAGCAAGCCGCUGAAGCUCAAGCUAAAUUGAAGGAAAACUCUCCAGAAGCUCUCAAGAACGCUGCUGAAUCUAUCCAAGCUGCUGCUGCUGACAAGAGCCCAGCCUCCAUUCAAGCUGACUUGCAAGCUGCUGCUGAAGCUCCAAAGAUUGAAGCUGAAGAAGAAGAAGAAGUUGAUGAAACUGGCGUUGACCCAGAAGACAUCAAGAUUGUCGUUGCUCAAACUAAUGUUUCCAGAGCUAAGGCUGUUAAGGCUUUGAAGGAAAACAAUAACGAUAUGGUCAAUGCCAUCAUGUCUUUGUCUUAA